AUGCAUAUAUCAUCUGUAAUUCUAUUUUUCACACUUUUAUUAACCAGAGCUAAUGCCAGCCAGCCCUCAAGGUACCCCAUGCAUUAUGUAUGGUACGGUCUAACAAAUAGCUCCGCGGUAGUGCAUAACGUACUCGCGUGUUUGUAUGCAGUACCUCAUACUGGAGACAUACAAGUAGGGUUAACUGAUGAUGGUUCAUUAGGAUUAUACGUAAAUACGACUAGGUUUAACAAAACAGCCGUUGUGAACACGUGGACAUUCUGUUAUGAUUAUUUUAAUGCUACGUUCAAGAACGACCUUGAAUUCGGUAGCGAGCAAUUAGAUGAUCUGACAGACCAGACUUCCUUAAGUUACUUUGUUACCUCCAAUCGUCUCGUAGACGUAGAUAGAUGGCCGCGAAGACAGGUGAGUGACAGUCUACACGGAAACAGCAGUAACGCAUACGCUAAGAGGACGGAAUACUACGAGUUCUUUUGGGACUGGGACACUGGAUGCGGUAGUUCGGACAUGGCAGAAACUCAGGAAGGUGAUUGUAUAUCGUUUAAGAAUCCAUUUAAAUCAUUCGAAUUUAGUAAUCCUUCGACAACGCACUCUAUGAAGGGAUGGGUAUGGCCUCAUCAUGAUUGCCAGAACGGUAAUGAGCACACGUACUCUGUGGCUACUAGUAGCCACUCGGGGUGUAAGGACAGGAAAUCAUAUUCGUAUCUAGCGGAAUUCAGCGAUGACAGCGGCUAUUCAACCAACACAGUACAUUCAUUAUAUACAGCGGUAGUGAGCUACACUACUGCAGCUUUUAAAUCAGUAGUGGUCAUGAUUACAGCUACAGCGGUAACCAUCCUACUUGUAACACCCAAGUGA